UUGCAUCCCUAGUGGGCCUAUUCGAACGUGCGCAAAUCGUACUUGUUCAUUUUAGUUUUUCUUAUCACCGUUCCGUACAAUUGAUAGAAAAUCUACCAAUUAUUAUAUUUUAAAUCAAUUCUAGUGUUCAUUUAGCUGUGAUAAUUUGUAGUCGUGAGUUGUGACCAAACCAAACGAUGCCAGACACAUUUACUUGCAUAACCUGCCAGGUGAUGUUUAAAACGCCUGAACUACAACGUGAGCAUUAUAAACAGGACUGGCACAGGUACAAUUUGAAAAGGAAAGUUGCAGCAAUACCCCCCGUGACUCUGGAAGAGUUCGAACUACGGGCCAAGGAACACAGGGAACAAAGUCAGAAUGUCGAUCGUGAUGAAUCAGAAUACUGCAAGUAUUGUUCUAAGAUGUUUAAUACAAAGAACGCAUAUAACAAUCACUUAAACAGUAAGAAGCACAAAGUAUCGCAGGAGAAAUACGUAGAAAACAAAGAAGAUGAGCAAAGUGGCCAUUCAGAUACUGAUAGUUUUGUUAAGGUUGAGCCAAGUUCAAACACUUCAAAGGAACCAAACAAGUUUGUUGUAGUUAGUGCUAAUGAUUCUGAUGACGAAGAAAUUGAAACUGAUUCCGAAAUUGAGGAGCUUGAUUCAGAUGAGUGGGAGGAAUGUCGUAUCUUGGGUAGUGAUUCUCUUAUCAAGCCUCAAGACUGUCUGUUCUGCGGCCACCACAGCAAAAACAUGGUCAAGAAUCUCAAACAUAUGUCUGAGGCCCAUUCAUUCUUCAUACCAGAUGUAGAAUACUGUGUUAAUAUUAAAGACCUUCUUUUGUAUUUAGGGGAAAAGAUUUCACGUGGUUUUAUGUGCUUAUGGUGCAAUGACACCGGUAAAACAUUUUAUUCUAUGGAAGCAGUUCGAGGACAUAUGGUUGAUAAAGGACACUGCAAAAUGCUACAUGAAGGACUGGCAUUAGCUGAAUAUGCUGAUUAUUAUGAUUACAGUACAUCAUAUCCUGAUCACAAGGAUGGUGAUGAAGAAAUGUCGGUUGAUGAAGAAGUAGAAGGUCCGUCAGCACUGGAGAGUGAUGACUAUCAGUUGGUGCUUCCCUCUGGUGUUGUCGUUGGACACCGAUCCCUUAUGAAGUACUACAAACAAAAUUUGAGUCAAAACAGUCAAGCUUUAGUAAAGAAAUCAGACCGCAAGCUACACAGGCUUCUCGGUGUAUACCGGGCUCUCGGCUGGGCGCCAAAAGAACAAGCGUUAGCAGCAAAGAAAGCCCGUGACAUCCACUUCAUGAAACGCGUACAAGCCAAGUGGCAGAUGAAGCUGUCGCUUAAAGCAAACAAGUUCCAGAAACAUUACCGAGCUCAAGUCAACUUCUAGUUCACCUUUUAUUAUGAAAUGUUGUUAUAUUAGAAAUGUUAUAAAUUUCAUUACUUUAGUUCAAUCAUUUUUUUAGCUCAUAUAAUUUAUUUUUAAACAUGACAAUGGACUGUAGCAAUAUUGCUAACUCAUUUAUUGCCGUACUUGGUAAUUAAUGUUUACCGUAUCUUCGCUGUUUUUGCACAUGGUGCUUUCACAAAAAUGUGACUUAACGCUACCUGAAAUCGUAAUAAAUAUUACCCAGUAGAGAAUCAUUAAUGUCUGUUGUUACUUUUAAAUAAUCAGAGCCCCAACCACGAACUCUUUAAAAAAAUAUUCGGAAUUCGGAAACGGUGUUAUGAACUAAGUCUCCGUACCAAUUGUCAUGUUACGAAUACUUUGUGACUAGUGUUCGUCGUAGAGGGGCUCUUAAGCAGGGUACAAACGUGGACAAAUUAUGUGUCUUGCGUCAGGUACAUGUUACCGGUAAAGAUUUGAUUUUUCUAUAACCAUUAUUAAAUAAUCCACUCUCUCCAUACGUAAAUUGUGUGAAUAACCGCUAUAAUAAUAUGACACAGUAUGACAGCGACACAGAUCCUUGUACUUUCAUUGUAUGUCAGAACUUCCAUUUUAUUUGAAAUAGUUAUUAUCAUUAUUUCAGGUAUAAAGAAUCCAAUGUAACGUAACGUAAUCUUUCCUUUUAACAGUCUGUAGUUAUUAUUAUUUAAUAAUGAUGAUUUUACGAUCUCGUAAUAAAGGGUACCAAAUCAAUAAAAUUGACUAUUUUUUUCAAUAUUUAUCUAUGGAAUAUAAAUUUCUGUUAUAACGGAACUGUAGGCACGAAAUUGCUCUAAAGUGUUUUAAUACGUAAAAACUAUUGUCAAUUGUAGAAUAAAUAUUAAAUUUGUUGUGCUGUGAUUGUGCUCCAAUAAAGUAUAUGGUCUUGAAAUAGUAACACUUAGAUCUUGCAAAAUAGACAAUCAUCAAUCACAUGUCUGCUUGUUUCAGCAGUGCAGUGGAUAAGAACUGAGUAAUAUUAGGCUCUCUUUCAUAUACGUAUUUAACAAAAGUCAUGUCAUAGUCAUACACUGCAUAUUUAGUGACGACAAUAAGAUGCCUAACUCGUUAUGGAAAUUUUUAGUUUUGCUUGCUAUCCAUCUUACUUUGGCAAGUGGGAAGUAGCACAUCCAGUACGAAACUAGAUACUAAAAUUCUACAAGAAAUAAUUUUUAAAUUGUUAUGCAAUAUUCGCACAAAACGUGAAUUGAUACGAUGAUAUAUUGUUAAUUAACCAUACUAUUUUCCUGACGGAUAAUAAAUUAAUACUUCAUAGUUUAUCUGUUAUUAUAAAUAGUCUUGUUCCAUAACGAUAACACGAUGUUGGUUGUGUAGUUUUUAUGUCAUGAUGUAUCUAAAUGCGUAGCUGAUACUACGUACUGAUAUUAAUGUUAUAUAUUCGGCAUUACAUAAUGUAUAGAGAUAUACUGUAUACAUAUAGGUAGUACACAGGGCAUGGCGAUUUCUUGGUGUUUACUCCACAGCCGUUAAGUUUGACUGGCACGUCUAUAUUUUACAAAAGCAUAUAUCACAAAGUCUAUCCAUUAUGCAAGACUUUUAACCAGCUUGAAUCUGGGAUCGUAGUGUCUUUGGUGCGUUUAAAGAAUGUUUGCUUUCACUUAGCAAAGACGGUUUAAAUCAUCGGUGUACAUGGUGCUGUGUAGGCGUGUGAGUGACAGCCAUUGUUUAUUAACAUCGAAAGACACUGUAAAACUAGGGCUACUCACACAUAGCGACAAGCGCAGAGAUGAGUUAAAUUGUUUAUACCUGCCCGCUUCCCAGGUCAUAGCAUUACAGAUACAAAAUAAAAAGAUCCAAACAA